GUCAACAUUUUUAAAUGGGAGGCGGCAAAUAUCUGUAUCAAAGCGGGUUCGAUAACGGAAAUUGGAUGACUAGAAGCAGUCUUGCAUUUUUGAUGUUGAAGAAAAGCAAGAUAGGCGUUUCAUCGUAAUUUGAUGGGACGCGAGAGCACGUUCGGCAAACGCAAAGGAACUAGCUAACUCGCUUGCAUUAAGCAACUGUCAUGGCCUCUAAAUCGGAUCAACUCUUGAUUGUAGUCUCCAUUCUAGAAGGUCGACAGUUCCCCAAGAGCUCACGGCACAAGCUGGUAAUGGAGGCCAAGUUCGAUGGGGAACAGCUCGCCACAGACCCGGUGGACCACAAGGAUAAACCUCAAUUCUGCACUGAGUUAGCCUGGGAACUUGACCGCAAGACCCUGCACCAACACAGACUCCAGCGUACUCCCAUAAAACUACAGUGCUAUGCAGUAGAUACAGUCACCUCUACAAGGGAGUCUCUGGGAUAUAUCGUCCUGGACCUUAGAUCAGUCCAAGAAGUCAAACAGGCUCCGAAAUGGUACCCUUUGCUCAGUAGCAAGUACACCAAGCUGAAGCCGGCCAUUUUACUGGGUGCGGCCCUGGAGCACGAUGCCAAACAAACCCCAGAGCGGUUCAAGGCCAAAGAGGCUCCCCCGAGGCAAGGUGGGCCAUCUCCCCGAGUCAGUGUUGUCCAGCGGUUUGGUAACUGGGCUUCUAAUGCGAUGGUUCCAGGCUCCCCUGUCUUGGCCAGCCUGGUGUCUGGUCAGCUGGAGGCCAUUUUGAAAGAGGAAGGAUAUCACCAGAUAGGACCGGAGGACCGCUGCACGGACCUGUUUGUCCUUUCUGUUACUGUGGCCUUCGCCACCAGGCUGGAGCAGCUCAUCUCCAGCACGAUGAAGCUCUCCCAGGAAGGGUCGGAGUUCUUCUUCUACUACACCCUCCUGGGCAACGACAUCACCAGCGAGCCCUUCCACAACCUGAUCAGCCCCAGCUUCGAGCCCGAGCGGGCGUCCGUGCGCAUCCGCAGCAGCCUGGGCCUCCUGAGGGCCUUCCUCAGCCAGCAGCCCAGUCUGCAGAUCCACCUCUGCUGUGGGAACCACUCCCUGGGAAGCUCGGAGAUCUCCCUGGCGGGGCUGCUGAAGGACGGGGCGGAGCUGGAGACCCAGCCGGCCACCGUGGAGGGGGCCUUCGCCAUGGUUCCCCCCAACAGGGCCAGGCUGAAGCUGCCCGCCGUGCCCCCGGACCUGCAGCCCACCCUGGGGGUGUCCGUCAUGCUCCGCAAAGAGAGCGUCGACCCGCAGUUGGGGAGUCCUGGUCGGGCGGUGGAUGGUCCUCCGUCUCCGGUGAAGAAGGGGAGCGUGUCUCCGCUCCCUCCCAGAUCUCCCUCGGACCAGAGGCUUUAUGUGCCCGUCACCCCACCCCGGUCCCCUGUCCCGGAGCACAGCUCCCCCGAACCUGCCCCAGCAAGCUUCCACACCGAGAGCGAGGCGGAGAGCCUACUGGAGGACUCUGGACAGACCCAGUCUAUCCCAGCAGGCCCCCCGGGCCCAAGCGGUGCUCGGGUUCUGAGCGAGCCGGAGGCCCCAGCCUCCUCCGUCAGCGUCUCGGCCCCCAAGAUCGCCAUCCCGUCCUCGGCUCACCACUUCUGCUUCUCCCUGGACCUCCGGAGCAUCCGAGACAUGGACGCCGGCUUCCCGGUCAACUGCACUCUGAGGUAUUCUUACCAGUUCUUCGGGAGUGCCGGGCCAAUCAUGACCAACCCCCCUGUGGAAGUCCAGAAGAACGUGGAGGUGUUCCUCCCCCAGUCGUAUUGUGCCUUUGAUUUCGCCACACUGCCUCACCAGCUCCAGGAAACGUUCCUCAGGGUGCCCUUGGUGGUGGAGGUGUGGCACAGGGACCCCAGCGCGAGGGACCUGCUUCUGGGCACGGUCAGCGUCCAGCUCUCCCACCUCCUGGCGGCAGAGAAGACCCGCUUCCUGGGCCCGGCCGGCCAGCAGCACUGGAGGCAGACCUUCUCCGACCGCGUCCCCGUGGUCAAGGCCCGAGGGCCCAGUGAAAAGCUGGCUGAGCUGUGUUACGUCACAACCCUGGAGGACCUGGGUUUAGUCAAAGCCCAAGACAUCGUCGUGUCGGAAUCCACACAGGACGCCCCUCCUGCUCAGCCGAAAGCCGAGCCUCCUCCCGGGAGGCCCCGCAGCGCCCUGGCCGCGACGGAGGCCCCCCUGGAGCCUCCCCAGGAGCCCCGCCAGACCCUGGAGUACAGGGCAGCCCUGGAGCUGGAGAUGUGGAAGGAGGAGCAGGAGGACCUGUUUGACAGCCAGCUGAAGCAGAAGGAGCUGAGUCACAUGCGGGCGCUAGCGGAGGAGUGGAGGAAGAGGGAUCGAGAACGCGAGGCGCUGGUCAAGAAGAAGGAGAUGGAGUAUAACCUUUUAGAGGAGCAGCUCCAGAAAACCUUGGCUGAUGUGGAGAAGAGGGAGAGGCAUCUAGCUCACACGGAGAUGGAGACGCAGCGGCUGCAGAGGGACAUGCGGGCGGAGCACGACUUCAGCAUGCGUGAGCUCCAGGACAGCGGCCGCCGGCUCCGUGAGGACUGCGCCCACCAGGUGGAGCUGGAGAGGUCAAAGGUCAGGCAGGCGGAGGAGGACUGCUCCCGCCUGCAACAGCAGAUCCAGGAUGGAGAAAGCCGGUAUAAGCAGUUGGAGAAAGAGUUCCAGCAGUUCCGCGAGCAGCAGAACACCCGGCCGGAGUUCCGUCUGCAGUCGGAGAUUAACCUGCUGAGCCUGGAGAAGGUGGAACUGGAAAGAAAACUGGAAUCCACAACCAAGUCCAAGCUUCAUUACAAGCAGCAGUGGGGGCGUGCCUUAAAAGAACUGGCCAGAUUUAAACAGAGAGAGCAGGAGAACGCCAUGAACAGACUGAAGAAACAACAGCAGGAGCUGGAGCACAUGAGGCUUCGCUACCUGGCUACAGAAGAAAAGGAGGCAGUGAAAACUGAGAAGCAGGAGCUGGAGGACAUUAAGAACGAGCUCAACAGGUUGAAGCAGCAGGAGGAGGCGCGGCCGUGGCGGGAGUCCCCGCCCGCCCCUCAGAACGAGGCCGCAGACGACCACCUGAGCCGGCUGCUGGAGGAGAGGGACACGCUGCUACGCACAGGCGUGUACACGCACGACGACCGCAUCAUCAUCGAGCUCAACCGCCGCAUCCAGGAGGGCGUGGCCCUCCGGGGCGGCCAGUAACCGCGGCUACGCGCUGGGGCGGGCGGUUACCGUGGCUACGCGCUGGGGUGGGCGGUUAGCGCGGCUACGCGUGGGGCGGACGGUUACCACUUUCAGUCCCAAGAGUGCUGUAUGGCGCCCGAGCAUAACUAUCGUAAAAUCCCAAGUCAACAUUACAUUAUUGGCAUUUGGCAGACGCUCUUAUCCAGAGCGACGUACAGUUGAUUAGACUAAGCAGGAGACAAUCCUCCCCUGGAGCAUUGCCAGGUUAAGGGCCUUGCUCAAGGGCCCAACGGCUGUGCGGAUCUUAUUGUGGCUACACCGGGAUUAGAACCACCAACCUUGUGUGUCCCAGUCAUUUACCUUAACCAGUACGCUACAGGCCGCCCUGUACCUUAACCUUAUACCUUUUCAACCAACAUGACCGCUAUACUCUUUGAGCCUAUAUUAAAACUAAAUUCUCAAUUCUCAACCAAAGCCUAACCCCCUUUGGAUACUGGGCUUGGGACUGAAAGGGUCCAGACCGUUCACGACAGACAAGGACCGUUAAUGACCACGCGUGGUCGGGGGGGGAACGUGUUUAUUGUGUAAAGUUUUUGAAGUGUAUGGUUUUGUAUAGAUAGUUUAUAUUCUGUGUGUGUUUUUUAAUUUAAUAUAAACUAGCCAAGAUGGUGGGGGAAGUAAAGCUUUGUGUAAAUGGUUACGGAAAAGCUUUUAAUCUAGGCUGUGAUUUAAUGUAUUAGAAGAAGCUUAUGAUCUGCAGUUUGCAGGUUCUUGAAUGCCAGGAAAGUUCUGGAAAAGCAAACUCUCUGUUAUUUUUGCCCUAUUUUCAAAGAAAACUAAAUGUGUUCCUCAUGUAGUUUUUCAUAUUUAAGGGAUUUCUAUGUGGUGGCAUCAUCAUGCAGAAAUGAUCUAAAGCAAAUGCUUUACCCUUUCCAGUUAACCAGAAUGCUGAAUGUGUGUGUGUGUGUGUGUGUGUGUGUGUGUGUGUGUGUGGUCAUUAUAAUUCUGGGUGAGUUUUGAUAGCAGAUAUUAGCUUCAUACUAAUAUGUCCUUAGUCAUGGACAAGAGUCCACUGCAUGGUGCCCCUGUAUAUUACAUUUGUUCCAAUCAGGUGUGCUUGCAAGACCAUCUGCAGCCACCAGAUGGCACUACUGCACUAGAAAAGCUUGCCACUGUUCUGUUUAAAAACACAAGUGCAAGCCUUUUACGUUUAGCUUUUUACCCCCAUCAGCUAAAAUGCAUGGCAUUAAAUUUGUAUGUAUUUUAUACUUAAUAAAUUAUUUGUACUUACUUUUUAA